UCAAGCUCCUUAUCUCCUUCAUCUCUUGUGUCUGGCUCCCAGAAUAUUUUCUCCCAGGAAAGAAUAUUGUUGAUGUAAAGAUAGAGCAUACUACUAAGGAUAUUUUAUGACUGACAUUUUAGAUAGCUGGAUACUUAAUACGCCUCUCAUUUGUUUCACAAUCUUUAUGCAUUUCUACAACAAAUCAAUUGAGAAUUACUGUCCAGAGCUCUGGGAACUAUGAAAAAAAAUAAUGUACAGCGAACACGUGGGCUUUUUCCUGAGAAAUCUUAAGAGGAAGUGGGUGAAAUGAAGCACCACGGACUUGUGUGUGCUGUGCCUCCUCCAGCCGGUGCCACAGCACCAAGCUGCUAGCAGAGGUAGCUGCGGGAGUUCCCACAGCAGCCAGUUUGUUUGCCUUGCGUGUAGUUCCAGCCGCCUCCUGCAGCAUUGAGUCGCACAUUUAAAAAGAACCUGUGCUGCUGCUGAGGAGGCUGAGAGACUCUUGAGGGGUCUCUGAGGCUGAAAGACCCUUCCUAGGGAAGGGGAAUUGAGGACGUGGCACUUUGCCAGGCUUUGAACUUCAGAGCAGUUGAGCGGAGGAUCGAGGUUUGAUAUUCCAAAAACUGACCUGCAUUAUAUCCAGAAACUUUCAAAAUAGCAAUGGCCAGGCUGUUACAAGAUCCAUCUAAACUUCAUCCCUCAGAAUGGUACACUGCAAACCAGAUGCAGCGUGCCAGUACAGAGUCCCAGAAAUCCAGGUCAGAAUGCAUGACAGCUGAGAGUUGGAGGCUGGUGGAUGAAAUAGAAAAGACAACUCAAAAAACCCAGAGUGAUGUCAACAAGAAAUUAGAACAGAGACGGGAAGAGAUAAAAUUCUGGAAGCAAGAAUUAGAUAACAAGCUAGAACAAAUUGUUCAUGAGACAGAGAUUUUGUUGACUUUCAAGAAUAGGCUGGAGAGAGCUUUGGAGGGUUGCAAAGAGCCCCUUGUCGUUGCCCAGAAGUGUCUCCUGUACAGGCAGAGGCGAGUUGGGAUUGACUUGGUGCAUGAUGAAGUGGAACAGCAGCUGCUGAAGGAAGUUGAAGUCCUCCAGGGGAUUAUUGCUUUACUUGGACGUACAUUGGAACAAGCAAAUGAGCAAAUCAGACGGAACCGUUCAGCAAAAUACGACCUGGACAUGGAUCUGAAGGACAAAUUCACAGCUUUGACAAUUGAUGAUUACUGUGCUAGCUUGACAAAUGACACUCCUCAUAUUAUAUAUGCUGAUAAUGCAGUGAAACUAGAAGGAAAUUUUGUUAGCCCUGAGGACUGGAUAGAUUUCACAAACAUAAAUGUUGAAAAGGCUGACAAGCAGCGAAACAAUUCUUUGGCACUGAAGGCACUUAUCGAUGGCAUCCUCUCACAGAUAGCAAAUGACAUGCGCAAGCAAUGUGAGUUGGUGAAUAAUGCUUUUAGAAAUAGAGUGAAGGAAGUCAAGGAUGCCAAGCACAAGCUAGAGAUGCUUCUUGCAAUGGUGAUGGAUGAGACUGCCUCACAGGAGAAGAACAUUGCAGCCUUAAAGAAAGCAAUCACUGAUAAGGAAGCACCUGUGAAAGUGGCUCAAACCCGCUUGGAAGCGAGGAACCAUCGCCCCAAUGUGGAACUGUGCUAUGACACAGUGCACAGCAGCCUGAUGAGUGAAGUUCAAGAGAUUACCAAAAAUAUUCAAAGAUUAAAGGAUGCAUUGGCACAGGCUCAGACAGAGCUGAAAGGCCUGAGCCGUCGACAGCUUUCCUUGGAGGAAGAGAUCAAGGUCAAGGAGAACACACUGUACAUUGAUGAAGUGCUGUGCAUGCAAAUGAGAGAGUCUGUUUGCAUAAACAAUUACUGAAGUCAUUAUACUGGGAGACUGUGCUCCAAAGAACCAGCUCCUGCUGAAAUUUUAUUUGCAGGCUUCCAAAUGUAUUGGCUUCCAAAUGUAAUGCUGUCUAAUUGCACAAAGUAAUUAAAACAGACCUAGUACUUACAGCUAUCUGUUUCAGAACUAUCUAUGCUCUAAAAUGUUUGAUGAAAUCUUCCACUUGGCAAUAAAAUUCAGAAUAAUGAGAAA